AUGAGUUCAAGAAUACGUUCAACUAUUGGAAUCGUCAAACGACGCUUGGAGCAUUAUCAUGAGGAUAUUGGAGAGCUACCGACAGCAGAAGACCUCGCAGAGAUGGAUUACGAGGAGCUGACGGAAUUGAUGAGUGACAUCUUGGAUCUUACGGACAAGACCACAAUGGAUGUCUUGCGGUUGAAGAAAUUGGACACGGAUUGGAGACGAUUGCAACGUCAAGACAGCGCAGAGACGAAGGAGUUCGAGCGGUACGUCGCGCUAUAUGGGAAUUACAGAGACACCAUGGAAAGGUGUACAGCGAAGGUGGUUUUAUUGGAGCAGCUAUACCACAAAGGAGUUGAACGAGCGAUGAAGUUGGAGCCGAUGAAGUCUGACUAUCCGACAUUCUCAGACUACGAUCAUCUUCAAGAAGAGCUGGAGGAACAACAAACACAGCGCGAGGAGAAGACGGAACACGACGCGAAAGAAACACACGAUAUCAAACCAAACAAUCGGGAACAGUACAGGAUGGGAAACCGGGAAGCUGCUGGGCAGCGAUCGACAUGGGGAAUUUUUGGAGGCCGUACGACGGGAGCAGCUUCGGAACGGCUCGGCGACGCAAGACCACAAUUGGCGGGAGACACACAUGGAGGUCGCGACGGACAGGGAGGCCGCGACGGAGCAGAUCGACAAAAUUGGAAUACACCAGAAGAACGACAACCACAGUAUACGGGUAUCAUCGGGAGUGGCAUACCUCUUCCCACAAUACGCUUGCCUACGUUUGACGGAAGAGAAGAAGAUUACUUCGAAUUCAAGGAAGGAUUCGAGAAUCUUAUCGGGAGCCAGGUGCAGUGCAAUACGACGAAGAUGUACUACUUGAAGUCCUCAUUGCGCGGAGAGGCAGCGGACUUGGUGAAAACAUUGCGAUCAACGGCGAGCAACUAUCCGAUCGCAUGGAGUAUCCUGGAAGAUCAGUACGGCGGUCAGACAAGACUACAGCAAACCCUUUUCAAGAGGAUCCGCGAGCUACCAGUUCUUGGGAACAACUACCAGCCAAAGGAUUUGCACAACUUCUACAUCCGAACGGUGAGCACGAUUCGGCAGCUGGUCUCAUUUGGAUGCAAUAUGAACAAUAUGACAACGGCAUCUCUUAUUGAGGCGAAGCUCCCCAAGAGAAUCAUUCAAAAGUUGUACGCAAACCCGCGUAGUCAGCCACCGGAUGCGGAACGGCUUUUGGAGAUGAUUCGCGACAUCUCGCAAACGGAGAGCUUGGUGUCGGCUAUUGUAAACGAUCGAGCGGAGGAUCGAGUGACCACCAUGGCAACGCAACAUCAAGGUUCGGGACAGCAUCAUCGCAGUCACCAUCGAGGAGACGCAGAGCAGCAGCGACGACAUGGUCAAGGACCGAGAGCAACUGGCAGAGAACCGCAGCCAUGCCCAUUCUGCGUCAGGACCAACAUGAUGCAUGCACCGGAAUCGUGUAGGACAUAUCCCGACAACGUCAGCAGACGGGAUCGAUGCAGGGAGUUGAAUUUGUGCUAUCAAUGUCUGCGCGGAGGCCAUCGAGCAGCGGCUUGUCCUGAUCGAUGCAAAUCCUGUCGGGGAAGACACCAUCAGUCGAUGUGCCAUCGUCGACGUGAGGAAGGAGCCGGCGGAUUUCGACGGAACGAACGGCGGGACAAGUAUUCGGAUAACCCAAAUCUGAUUCCGUUACCGACACACGCGAUCCCACCAUGGCGUCGUGGAGGGCAACAGCAGAACAAUGGGUUUCGUCCCCCGCAAGCACAAGAUCGACAGGGCCACAACUCGGGACAACGGUCAUACCAGACAAAUAUGAUUGAAGCAGAAGAUAUCCCUGCGUUGGAAGAGGAACAAGACCACACCACCUAUGUGGCCGAAGCAGCAGCGGGCGCGGCCGACGUUCAAUCAACGGUGAGUCACAGCGAUACCCCAGGACGACCACCAGAGGACGAGCAGUUUGAUGUGACUCCGACCGUCGAGUCAGAUUCCGAGGAAGAAAAGGAUGAUCGGAAGGAGACAAAGGUUGGAAACAGAAAAUGCUUGAUGCUGACGGCGCAGUUACCAGUCAUCGACGACGGCGGUGCAAAGCACAAGGCCACCAUCUUCUUCGAUUCGGGAAGCAAUUUGAGUUAUGUCACUACCGAAUUCGUGAGGAAACUCAAGAUUGCGCCUACUGAGCGGACAAGCUUGACGGUGGCGACGUUUGCAAGCAAGGAGAACAAACACCUCACAUCGAAUGUCUACACCAUCACGUGUCAGCUGCCAGAGAAAGAAGUUGCGCUCCGAUUAUGCGAAAUCGAGUUCAUUUCGUCGAACAUCACCACGUCUGAAAUCUCACGAGAUCAGUGGCAUCGGCUACUCGAGCAAGCAGACUUCAUUGCACCACGGAUUGGAGUUAAAGUGGAUAUCUUGAUUGGAAUGGAUUGGAUGCACAAGCUGUUGGGAAAUGUCUCCACCACAGGAUUACCGAAUGGAUUGCAACUUCAUCAAACGGAAUGUGGACCGCUUCUAUCGGGCAACGAGCACCAUUUCACCACGCUAUUGGGACUGAACGAAACACCGGCUGAAACGGAAAGCAACGACGCGAUCACACGUACGCUUCAAAAAUUCUGGGAAGUUGAAGGAAUGGGGACUAUGCGACACUUAUUGACAAAGGAUGAAGAGAUCGCUAAAGACUUCUUUCGAGAAACUACCACACGGGGUUCGGAUGGAAGAUACGAAGUUCGAUUGCCGUUCAUUGACACCAGUUUAGCAGUACCGGUCAAUCGUGCGCUUGCGUUUUAUCGAAUGAGGGCCGCCGUCAAGAAGCUGAACCAAAAUCCAGAGCUCAAUUCCACGGAGGCUAACGCAAUUUUCGCUGCGAAAGAAAGAAAUGACCCAGAAGACCCGCAACAAAAAAUCCUCGGAGUACGAUGGAACACCACUACUGACUGCUUUGAACUCCAACCGCCACAAAUCACGACGACCACGCUGAUGACACGGCGGAAGGUACUUGAGCAAUCGGCAAGUUCUUACGAUCCACUGGGACUGCUCGCACCGACAAUUCUUCUCGCGAAGCUUUUUUAUCAGAAGCUUUGGGCAAAGUCGCAUACAUGGGACAGUCCAUUGUUGGCCGAUGAACAACGACAAUGGGAAAAAAUCGCGGAUCAGUGGAAAGGAGAAGCAUGGAAAAUUCCUCGGCGCUACUUUUCGACUACGGGCAACGGAAGCAUCGAACUUCAUGUGUUCUCAGACGCCAGCAUGGACGCCUAUGGCACGGUUGCUUAUCUGCGAAGAAAAGCGGCAGACUCGGUCGAAACUGUUCUUCUCAUGGCCAAGACUCGUGUUGCACCGUUGAAAUUGAAGUUGACAAUCCCACAAUUGGAAAUGCUGGCUCUUCAAACUGGAACCCAACUCGCAGUCAACAUCAAGAGAGAACUGAAGAUGGAUCUUCGACACAUCUACUUGUGGUCGGAUAGCAAGUGUACGUUGGACUCGCUGUUCAAUAACACUGGUUCGAAGUUCGUCAGGAAUCGUGCACGAAUAAUCCAUCAAAUCGACGAGGAAUUCUUCUUCGGGCACGUCGCAGGCAUUGACAAUCCGGCCGACCUUGCCUCUCGUGGGUUGGCAUUCGAAGAACUGAAAUCGUCGAAACUGUGGAACACGGGAGCGCCUUUUCUCAGCGAGCAAGGACCGUUACCAGACCCUCAGACGCUUCCCAUUCACACCACAUGUGCGACAACGAAGGAGGAACCCAUAAUCGACGUCACGCGAUACGGAUCGUUUCACCGAUUGAUCCGUGUUCUGAUGACGAUAUUUUAUUUCCUCGGAAGGCGACAACAUUCAAUGCAAUCCUAUGCCACGAAGAGUCGGAGAACCGCGUUCAAGCUGGCCCAACAAGAACAUCCCCCUUCGGACGACAUCAUUCGCAACCUCCGAUUGCAGAGACAAGAUGACUUAUGGAUAUUUCAUGGACGAAUCAAGAAGCCCUUGAUCUACCUUCCCCAUGGUAGAGUUGGCGAACUCUUCGUCCUCGAUAUCCACGAACGUCACGGCCACGCCAGUACGUCAUAUACGCUAGCGGCAAUUCGUGAAAUUGUUUGGAUAACUCAAGGGAGAAGCUACGUGAAGAAGAUCCUCGCCCGGUGCCGACAAUGUGAACGCCGUCGAUUGAAGCCAUACAGGCAGCCGGACUUCCCUCAAUUCCCGGAGUCGCGAACGCAACCGAUCCGACCAUUCAAGGAUACUGGAAUGGAUUUUUGUGGACCAGUCAAGAUCAAAGGUUCAACGGGACCCGCGGAUGCCUGGAUACUUCUCUUCACCUGUCUGGGAUCACGAUAUGUAUCAACGGAAUUGGUGACGGACAUGAAGACAACGACGGUACUGAACGCCUUGCGACGUCUUGCGGCGACCUUUGGAACACCACACACCAUUAUCUGCGACAACGCGAAACAGUUUGUGAUGCUCAAAGAAGUCUGUGAAUACGUCAAUCUACAAGGGAAGCGAAACUCGAUUUUGAACUCGACGACAUUACCCGAAUUCAAACUCAUUCCGGCACAUUCGCCAUGGAGCGGAGGAGUUUACGAGAGAAUGGUGGGAAUCCUCAAGAAUACGCUGCUGAAGUCAGGAACGGGCAGACUCCUCAUGGACGAAGAUGACUUAAGGACGGUGUUAGCGGAGACUACGGCCAUCAUCAAUCGGCGUCCACUGACCUACAUUCCCAGCGACGCCAAUGAGAUGCAACCCUUGCGGCCAAUCGACAUUGUGCUACCGUUUUCCGUGAAAUCCUUUGUGUUCACUUUGGAACCACACGAGGACUGCGAUCAUCUUCCGCACACAAAAACGGAAUUGCUUGAAAGCUGGAGUAGUUCGUGCUCUAUCGUCCAGUUUCUACUCAAGGAUUGGACAAAACGGUACACACAACUUCUGCGAGAUCGUGGAGAUACCGGACACCGCCAGACGAAAGCAACGGAGCACAAACCGACGAUCGACGAUGUGGUACUCAUAGAACAAGAGCACGUACCCAUUCACAAGUGGCCAAUGGGCCGGAUCGUUGAAGUCAAGGAUCGUUCUGCCAAAGUGAUAAACGGAAGAACUCGACGAACCCAAGAGCACCCGUUCAAGAAAAUGUUCCCGCUCGAAGACGCUACUGUAGAAGAGGAUGGACGCUCAGCGCCGAAAGUAACCAAUAGCACGUCACAAGAGGCGAAGCCUACCAGAAGAUCCCCUCGACCACUUCGGAACACAAUCAACUCUACCGGGUUGGUCCUGCUUGUGGCAGCGUUUUUUGCUACGUCUAAUGCGGAACAACAGCUCAUCAACAGUCCCACAAUGAUGAAUACGACGAUCGAAGACCGGACCUCAUACCUGGAACCCUUGUGGAGUGUGACCAGCCAGCUGCAAGCUCAGUCUCAACAGCUUCAAUCAGUCAUCGGAAUUCUCGUCAUGAUGUGCAUUCUCAACAUUUUCUGCUCGACAUGCACAUUGCUACAGAAAUGCUGGACCACUGUGCGUUUGCUUCUUCGAGUCGCAUGGAUUGUUAUCGCACUUCCCAUUCGGUGGAUCUUUUCACGAUGCCCACGACCAAGCCGAGGCAGAUUCAACGUCCGAAGGUUUCGCGGACUUCGUCACCGGAAUGCCAUUUUUCUGACAAUUAUGUUGCUGAUUGUACCACUGAUGGAAGGAUGUUCGCAAGUCGCUACCAUGCAAGCCAAUGAAAGCGUCUGCAUUCGUCAGGAUGACACCACGAUCUGCACCAUCAAGGAUGUGACCACCACGCACGUCCGACCGAACGGAACCAUGGCUUGUUUUGAGCUGCACGACGCUAGUGGGAACCUUGCCUACACAGUUCAAGUGCGGGCGAUCAGCAUCGUUUCCUACUGCAAUCAAGAGACGGUGUUCUACAGUCGCGAUUAUACGCUCGCAUCUGAAUCGAGUCAUCGCUGUGCCCACGCAGGGUCAUGUUCCGCAGACAAGUGCCAGACGACCAAAGUUGAUGACGAUUUGCCGGAAUUGAGCAACGAGGCGAAGGCGGCCCCCGGUUUCACGAGAUGUCAGGAAGCCUGUGGAUGUCCUGCCUGUGGCUGUUUCUUCUGCUCUCCCGGAUGCAUUUUUCAUCGAGUCUAUGCACGACCGACAUCGACUACAAGCUACGAAGUCUUUCGGUGCCCAACCUGGUCUACCGCUAUCGACGCAGAAGUGCAAAUUAAUGAGGGAAAACCAUGGCGGGUUGAACUACGUGAUGGACUCCCGCUGAAGAUCCCGCAGACCAAUCUUACCAUAACGGGGACUGGCUUCUCGAUACCACCAAUCCCUCUCCACGGAGCAGCUUUCAUUCGAUCGCAUCCGGCCCAUCACGACGAAACGCCAGCAUUUGCCUUCACGCAGUCAGCUCUGGGGUUGCCCGGAGUGCCAAUGGCUGGAACCAUUGGAACCUUCCAGUGCGCGUCCCUUGCGGAUGCCCGAAAUUUCAAUUGUCGGUUCAACGAAGAUCAAUGCCACUGCCGAAGCACAGGUACUCAAGUGAGAUGCACGUGUGGCUUCUUCUCGAUGAAAGCAAUAGUGAAUAACCGCCGAUUGCCAAUCAAUACACACGGAUUCCGAUUCGAGACCCAAGGAAACCGCAUACGAUCAAGGAUGACCAGUUCGAGUGUCGUCACGUUGCACCUCACCGCUGACCAACAUCGUUUCCGAGCUGUACAAGACAAUGCCAUUUGCAAAGCUACCUUCCUCAAUCUAACCGGAUGCUAUUCUUGCCUCCCGGGAGCAAAGUUGGCAGUCCGUUGCACGGCCCCCCGUACGAUCAAUGCUGUUCUUCGAUGUCCCAAUGACUGGCUCGGUUAUCUGCGAUGCUCCGCAGAAGGCACCGUCAACCGGCUCGAGUUUCACAGCGAUUUUCCAAACGUCACACUGAACUGCUCUUGCCAAUGUGGUUCCACCACCACGUUCAUCGGUUUGUUCGGGACCCUCGAACAAUCUUUUCUGUUUCAGAUUGACAAAACCGGGUUUGCUACCUUUCACGAACGCUCUAGUUCCGACACGCUGACCGAUCAACUUCUGAACCUGCUCCCCUGGAAAGCCACGCUCCAAGCUCUCAAAACCACCGCCCUCACCAUCGCCACGUUCUUACUGCUCCUACUGGUUCUUGGCCUGCUGAAACGACGAUUCCUGCCUCGUUGUCGGUUGCUCCCCCGAGUGUCGCGGCGACACACAUGGCGCCGCGAAUGGCGACGUCGCGAACGAUGA